GGGCGGCGACGCGGGAGCCCGCAGUCAUGCUGAGAGCCUCAGCGGAGUCACCGGACACACGUCGCGAAGCUUUUCAUCGCUCCGAGAAAAAUUCCUUGCGUGACGAUUUGACCAAAAAACGCAUGCAACCGCGAAACGCAGAAUUAGGCUGUGAAACCGACUCGAGAUUGUUAUAACGACGCGCCAAUCUCUGUGAUAGCAAUUGCACUAGUUAUAUGAGGAUACUGAAGUUUAUUUUAGAUAUUAUUAUUCGUAUACGUUGAGUGAAGUGUUUCAUAUUUACUUGUGUUGCAUAACUAGAAGUGAUUUUAACGGCUCACUACAUAUUAAAGACUGGAUUAACAUUCUUGUCAACAACAUCUUCUAGAAGAAAGAAAUGGUGAUUUGUUCGGAGGUUUGGCUAACUGCGUGACAAAAUCGCCGUCAAGCGGCCCGUCAGCAUCGGCGGAGACUUGUUUGGAAGCAGCGGCGAGCGCGGGUCCUCCCCGCCGCGUGGAUGGUGGCGGGCGAAUGGGGCUAUGCGCCGGCGGCGGCCACCCCUGCCAUGAACGCCUUCCUCGACACCAACCACGCGCACCUCGCCUCCUACGGCCUGAAGAUGUCGCCACAGCCGGCCUGCGGCGUCGGCGCCCAACACCGGGCCGCCGCGCCGCACCCGCCCCCUCCUCAUCAUCCGCCUCACUAUCAGCCCUAUCCUCUGCACUCCUACCAGACGGGCUACCUCCGGGAGUACGGGGGCUGUGGGGAGCUAUUUCCUCAACAACCAUUAGAGCAGAGUUGGGACUGGCGCGGUGACGUGCACUACCAGGGCGGUGCUCCUCCGCUCGUCCCACAUGCGCACGCGCACGCUCCUCAUGCGUUCCUCCGCUAUGUGCGCGCUCCUCCGCGACGGGACAUGCGCUGCCAAUGGCUCGACCCCGAGCAGCCCCCUCCGCGGAAAAUGUGCAACAAACUGUUUUCAAGUAUGCACGAGAUCGUGACGCACCUGACAGUGGAACACGUGGGCGGUCCGGAGUGCACGACGCACGCCUGCUUCUGGCAGGGCUGCUCGAGGAACGGCCGGCCCUUCAAGGCGAAAUACAAGCUAGUGAAUCACAUCCGCGUGCACACUGGAGAGAAGCCUUUCCCUUGUCCCUUCCCUGGCUGCGGCAAAGUAUUUGCGAGAUCAGAAAACCUCAAAAUCCACAAAAGAACACAUACUGGUGAGAAGCCGUUCAAGUGUGAGUACGCUGGCUGCGACCGACGGUUCGCCAACUCCUCGGACAGGAAGAAGCACUCACACGUCCACACGUCGGACAAGCCUUACAAUUGCCGCGUGCACGGGUGCGAUAAGUCCUACACACACCCCUCCUCGCUGAGGAAACACAUGAAAGUACACGGAGCCGCGGGUGACGCCUCGCCGAGGUACGACAGCGAUGGUGACGACUCCUCCUCAGCCGGCAGCGUGAGCGUCACCGCCGGCGCGGCUAGUCCGGCCGCACCCCUCCCCCCACCACCCGCCCCCGCGCCAACACAUCACCUACAUCACCAUCCAACGAUAACAGACAAACUAGAAAGCCUCAACGAAAAAUACCUCAACCCUCACGACCAAAAACCCUACGAACGCCCCCCUGCUGCGCCUCCUCAUCACAAUCAACCGCACAUUACAAACAUCGGCGGAAACGGUGUUAUGGACAAUAAAAUAGGUUUCGGCGGUCACUGGACGCAGUUUCAGCAGCCGGCGCCGGCGAUGCCGCACGGCGUGCCAGACUGGUGGUGUCCUACGCAGGAGACGUACCACCAUCACCACUUGAUGCACCACUCCGGUGCAGCCGCCGCUUACUGACCUCAUCGCGCUUAGGGAACUCUUCAUUCGACGAUCAGAAGUCACGGGUAACAAAAACACAUAAUUUGGCAAAAAGUUUUCAAUUUUAUGACACUCAUCUGCGCAAAAUUUUCGAUUUUUUUAUUGAACGUAGAAUGAAAAGUUCACUAAAGCGCAUCGUUAGUCAAUGCUUUUGAGAGUACAUUACGCUUAAUAAUAUAAAUAAAUCCGACCACAGACCUACCUAAUGUAUUUAUCAGCCGUCCGAGUUUAAUAUGUCCAGGGACUUUGUUAAUAGAUAUGUAAAUGUCAAAAGUAUUUGUUUCGAGUAAAAUUUUUAAAAACAAUUGAGUCUUGUUGAACAAUGAAUGCUGGUGUAAAUUUACAGCAUGUUGUAUUUUAAAAUAAAACAAAAUGCACUGAGAUCCUUAGAAUAUUGUUUGGAUCAUUGUACGACACGGCUUUUGUGAUAUCCUUGGUGGUAAUUAUGCUGUGUGCUGUGUAGAUUUUUGUCAACUGCAUUGUUGACAAUGAUUUAUUACCGUUUUGUACGUCCCAAACAGUCGCAUGUAAACAGUUACAUUUAUUGUGUACCGGGAAUUUGAAAUUAGACAUUUUGACCAUAUAAAAAGUUAAAUUAAAAUUUAGUACUUGUUUUUCCUUCAAACUAUAUUAUUUCUAGACUUUAAUGUUUCAUGCGCUCAAUUGUAUCUGAUUACAUUGUCGAUUGCCUAGUUAAUAUAAUAACCAUACGCCUUGUACUUUCAUAAAAUUCUAAUUAUCAGCAUGGCCAAAGCACCGAAGUCUUAUAAAAGUACGAUUUAUAGGUUGUAAAAAUCGUGUAAAGUAACUUUAAGAUAGCUUAUUCCAUGUAUAAAUAAAUAAAACGCCCAGUGAUAGUAGAUAUUAAGGGAUUGAUUUUUAUUGUAAAUUGUGUAUUUGCUAUUUAACUGUGCUACCUAUACCUAUGUGCUACCUAUCUUGGAAUGUAUUUCUACAUAAAAUGCUAUUAUAUAUUAUGUACCCAUAUAUAUUAUGAUGUUCAUAAUGACUAUUUUUUCACGGACCGUCUUAUUAGAUAGAAAGAAAAAAAAUAAAGUUGAACCUAUGUCUAUAUUAUUAUACAUAAAUGACUGAGAGCACGAUUUAUUUUUAAGUUAUUUUAAGAGAAAAUUGUUGUCUUUUCUACAGCCCUGUAAAUAGCAAAGGAAUAAAUGAAAAACAUA